CUCUCUUCUACCUCUCUCUCUCUCUCUCUUUCUGGUCAGUACCAGCGGAAGCUGUACAAGGAUCUGUUGACUAACUAUAACCGUCUGGAGAGACCAGUGUUCAACGACUCAGCUCCUAUACUGGUAGAACUGGGCUUCACACUGUUACAGAUCAUAGAUGUGGAUGAGAAGAACCAGGUUCUGAUGACCAACGCCUGGCUGCAGCUGCACUGGACAGAUACUUACCUCUCCUGGAACCCAGAGAACUACCCAGGUGUUCAGAACCUUCGUUUCCCCUCCAAUCAGAUCUGGGUUCCUGAUAUCCUCCUCUACAACAGUGCAGACGAGAGGUUUGAUGCUACCUUCCACACCAACGUCCUGGUCAACUCCUCUGGAUCCUGCCAGUACAUUCCACCAGGUAUUCUGAAGAGUACAUGCUAUAUCGAUGUUCGCUGGUUCCCCUUCGACGUCCAGAAGUGUGAUCUGAAGUUUGGCUCGUGGACCUACAACGGCUGGCUGCUGGACCUCCAGAUACUGGACGUAGACAUCUCCUCAUACAUCCCCAACGGAGAGUGGGAUCUCGUGGGUGUCCCAGUGAAGCGUAACGAGCUGUAUUAUGACUGCUGUAAGGAGCCCUACCCUGACGUCACCUUUACUGUCACCAUGAGGAGGAGAACACUGUACUACGGUCUCAACCUCCUCAUCCCCUGUGUUCUCAUCUCUGGCCUGGCCCUGCUGGUCUUCCUGCUGCCUGCAGACUCUGGAGAGAAGAUCUCCCUGGGUAUCACUGUCUUGCUGUCUCUGACUGUCUUCAUGUUGCUGGUAGCAGAAAUCAUGCCGGCUACGUCAGACUCUGUUCCUCUCAUCGGCCAGUAUUUUUCAUUCGCCAUGAUGAUCGUGGGUCUCUCUCUCGUCGUCACGGUUCUCGUUCUACAGUUCCACCAUCACGACCCUCACGGGGUAAAGAUGCCUAAAUGGAUGCGAGUCAUCCUCCUCAACUGGUGCGCCUGGUUCCUCCGCAUGAAGAAGCCUGGCGAGGAAGGCAAGAUGACCACCCCCUCCACCAACACCACUACUACCCCCAGCUCCACCACAGGAGGCUACAAGUACUCCCACCCUCCCCCUCACCACGCCAGCACCAGCUCCAUCCAGAUGGGCUCCAUCCCUGGGGGACAGCCCUCCAAUACCUCAACCACCAACGGCAACAUGAACCUCUACUUCGGCUACCACUCCGUGGGUAUGGGAGGGAUGGGAUCCUUGGGAGGGUCUCACGAUAACCCCUGCUGCCCGCCUAGCAGUGACUCUUCUGGGGUUGGGGUCUGCAGUGGAGGGGCUGGGGGUGGUAGUCAGACCACGGGGACAGGUGGAACAUGUUCCCCCAACGAGGCGCUACUCUCCGACCGGGACGUGGGGAUCCUCCGAAGGUUGACGGUGGACCAGAUCCCGGAGAUCGGGCGGAUCCUGGAGGAAGUUCAUUUUAUCGCCCAGAGGUUCAGGGAGCAGGACGAGGGCGAGGCGGUCUGCAGCGAGUGGAAGUUUGCGGCGGCGGUCGUGGAUCGCCUUUGUCUCGUGGCGUUCACGAUCUUCUCCAUCAUCGGCACGUUCACCAUCCUCAUGUCGGCGCCCAACUUCCUAGAGGCUGUGACCAAGGAUUACCUCACAUAA